ACGAGUAUCAUAUCAUCCUUCCCACCUGUACCAACCAACUACUCUAACCUUUUUUUAAUCCGUAUAAUCCAAGCCAUAAUUAAAAUGCGUAUAAUUUAAUCUGUUUUUUUUCCUUAAAAUAAGACUGUUACAUUUUUUUUUUCCAGAGAAAAUAAAAAUAAAAUUAUAAAUAUGCCAGUUAUAAACCUCCACGUUUAGUUGGCUAUUUCUCAUUUUCUCUCUCCUAAUUUUCAUGAAAGAGGUUCUUUGCUGAUCUUGCUAUGGAGACUCCUCUUCUGGGCAACACCCAUAAAAAUUCCAACUCUUGGGGCAAAUUCGUCUUUUCCUUUCUUGCACUAUUCGUAAUUACAGGCCUUGCUUUUGGGAGUACCAAGACUUCUUGGUUGGUAAACAAUGAACAAAAGCUCAAUGGAAAACCACAAGUUGAUGUACCUGAAAUUGUGGAGUCAGGGAAAGGGAUUGUUGCAGCUGAUGAUCGCCGUUGUUCAGAGGUUGGAGCAUUGAUGCUCCGACUAGGCGGUCAUGCUGUUGAUGCUGCUGUUGCAACCGCGCUGUGUGUGGGUGUGGUUAAUCCCAUGGCUAGUGGAAUAGGAGGAGGAGCUUUCAUGGUUGUCAGGUCUGCAUCAACAUCAGAAGCUUUAGCGUUUGAUAUGAGGGAAACUGCUCCUUUAGCUGCUUCUGAGAACAUGUAUGACAAUGAUCUUGCGGCAAAGCUUUCAGGCCCCCUGUCAAUGGGUGUACCUGGUGAGUUGGCUGGUCUCCAUGAAGCAUGGAAGUAUUAUGGGCGGCUUUCAUGGAAAACUCUAUUUGAACCUUCCAUACAUUUUGCUGAAAAUGGUUUUGAGGUUCUUCCAUAUCUUGAAAAGAACAUAUUAAAACAUGAGAAGAUGAUCAGAGAUGACCCUGGUUUAAGUCAAGUGUUUGCACCAAACGGGAAGCUCUUGCAGACAAAGGACAUAUGCUACAAUGUAAAGCUUGCAGAAAGCUUGAAGGCAAUAGCGGACCAAGGGCCACCAGCCUUCUACAAUGGCACGGUUGGUAAGAAGUUAGUGAAGGAUGUGAGAGAGGCAGGUGGGAUUCUGACAGAGGAGGAUCUUAGGAAUUACAAAGUGAAAGUAACGAAAGCUUUAGCAGCUGAUGUAAUGGGGUAUACGAUACUAGGAAUGCCACCACCUUCAAGCGGUACCCUGGGAAUGACCCUGAUAUUAAACAUACUAAACAACUAUGGGAGCCCCAAUGCGAUUGAAGGGCCUUUAGGCUUACAUAGACUGAUUGAGGCAAUGAAGCAUAUGUUUGCUGUCAGAAUGAACUUGGGCGAUCCUGCUUAUGUUAAUAUUACCAAGUAUAUGUCCGACAUGACUUCCACAUCUUUUGCGAAGGAAAUUUGGCGUAAGAUAUAUGAUAACACAACUUUCCCUCCUGAAUAUUACCUGAGCAGGUGGAGUCAGCUACAAGAUAAUGGAACGAGUCAUUUCUGCAUCGUUGAUGCAGAGAGAAAUGCAGUGUCAGUAACAACAACAGUCAACUAUCCAUUUGGAGGCGGGGUGUUAUCCCCUUCUACUGGAAUCGUGUUAAAUAACGAGAUGGGUGAUUUUUCAACUCCUACAGAAGUAAGUCCUGACAGUCUUCCUCCUGAUCCUGCAAAUUUCAUACAACCAGGAAAACGACCCUUGUCUUCGAUGACUCCCCUCAUUAUUCUCAAGGAUGAUCAACUGGCAGGAGUUAUAGGUGGUAGUGGUGGGAUGAACAUAAUUCCAGCAGUAACCCAGGUUUUCCUAAACCAUUUUGUUCUGGGAAUGGAUCCUCUCACUGCUGUCCAAAAUGCAAGAGUCUACCAUAAGCUAAUUCCGAAUGUAGUCCUAUAUGAGAAUGUGACUGUGAUUGACGGGGAGCACAUUGAACUUCCCAUAGGAAGGAGGACUUUCUUGGAGACGAGGGGUCACAAACUGCAGCCUAUUGAAAUUGGAGCAAUCUGCCAGCUUAUUGUACAGACAUUUGAAAGUUCAGUUGAUCUAGGCCGGAAAACUGGAAAGAAUUUUAUUGGUAACACAUACUUUGGUAAACUUACUGGGGUAAGUGACCCAAGAAAAGAUGGAAGGCCUGCAGCAGUGUGAAUAUGUGCAUACAUAGGCUUUAAGGUUAAUUUGUGCAUCUAUGUAUCUUGGUUAGUUUAGGGUUUGUCUUUCGAUUCAUAGGAAAAUCCGCAAUUAAAGAUAGAUAUUGGCAUUAGUAAGAUGACAUUCAUACUGUAAUGGAAUUUGAUAUUGCAGUAAUUUAUCAAAUCUUACUUCCUAUAUCAGUUACAUACUUUAUA